AUAUUAAUUUAUAUUUAUUUUUCUUCGAAACACAUUUGUAAGAAUUGCUUCCUGGACUCAUAUCUAGUGUUUAUGGUCUGUGCGUGCUUGUUUUAUCUCUGGUUAUUCAGACUUCCUCUGAGACUAUGUGGUGGGGAAGUUUGGUGGGAAGGAUAGUUCUAGGCGUGUAGGUUAUUUGGACAAUUCCUCUUCCAAUUAUUCCAUCUAUGUAAAGUAGACAAUUUAAAGUUUUUUACUUGAGGAAGCACGACCAUUACAAUGUGAUAAAGCUAUCCCAGACAGAUACGUGUUAUCAGUGAUCUACAGAGACAGAUAUAUCCUGCUAAAGUUUGGAUGCUCCGUCUUUGUCAGUACCAGUAAAUCAGAUAAUCUCCUUCGGCGGAAGUUGAUGAGCUCCUCCCUCCUCCCUCCACGCUCUCCGCCCCCUGCCUGUCCCGUUAAAUUCCUCAUGCCUGGCAUCAGGUUCUUGGGAGAGAGGGUGGAGAGUUGGCUGGCUCUGAGAAACUCAAGUAACUAACAAGUAGACGAGGUCUGUCAUACCGGGAAAAAGACGAGGAAGAGACGCAGCUGCUGUAAUUAAACCAGCGUGGACCGGUACUGGUCGUGAACCGUGACCUGGGAAGCUGUGGCGUCACUGUGCCCCAGGGGAAAACAGGGGCAUUUUAGAGCAAACUAUUCGAGCAACACUGCAGAUAAAACCCAGACAGCUAACUCAGAGUUGGGACUAAUGGCUCACAGACGGAGCAGACACAUUAGCGUCACGGAGCCGAGCAGGACCACCAUGACCCGGACUACUGCCAUAGCCGAGCAGCUGCAUUACGAGUGCUGCGUCCUCCUGGAGCUCUACAAGAAGAAGGAGAGUUUCACCACGGAUGUGUUGGUGGCUGAUGGUCGUCUGGUAACAGUCCCACCUCCUUCCUCACAGUUGGACACCACAGACAAACUCUGGCGUCUCCACUCAGCUCUGCUACAGUGCAGCAGCUUGCUGGAAAUAGCCAUCAUCAAAGAGGAAGAGGAGCUGGGUGGUGGAAAGACGGGCGACUAUGAGUCCCAAAGAAAAACGGUGAAGGAAAGACUCUCCUUUCUUUUAGUUAGCAUGGGGGAACUGCGCAAAGCUGUCGAUGGAUCAGUGUCUCUGACUCCCACUUUGGAGGGACUGAAGUUAGAUGGUCCAACUGCUUUGUUUGAGCUGAAGCUUUGGAUUUAUCGCAUCUUCGAAGAGCUGGAUUACUGGACCAAAAUGGUUAUUUCUACUUUGCAAGGACUGUCUUCAGUGCUGGCUAAGGAGCGUGCAAGAACCACACGGAUGAGGAGCACAAGAAAUGCUCGGAGGUGAGAAGAAGAUACGAAAUGUCUUGAUGAAAUGUUAGAAUAAGGAAUGGAGUUAGGAAAAAAAAGGGAAAUGUGGUGGUGGUAAAGGUAAGAAAGUGUUAAAAGAUACAGUAGAUGAGAGAGCAAGAGUGAAGAUGUUCAGAUCUUUACUCAUGAGUAACUAAAUCAUUUUGUUUGAGGCCUGACCUGCUUUACACAAUCUGUCCCUGAAUGAUUCAAAUCUGUCCUUUUGAAAACACAGGUCGAAACAAGGUCAAGUUCGACAGUCUCUAACGCGUUAAUGUAUUGUUUACAUUUAAAAAGGAACCAUUCAUUGAGGGGUAACAUCUAUUCUUUACAGUGAUACAAUUUCGUUUUCUUUCUUUUUCAUUUUGAUGCAGAAGGUGAUGGUUGUUACAGUUACAAGGUAAUGGACUUUAUUUGUGUAAUGUAUUUUUCCGUUAACGGUUAAUAGUAUGUAUCAAAGUCCAGCUUUUGAUUGUCCUACCACUGCUUUUUAGGAUGUUGACUUUCUUAAAUUAGGAUGGUUCUGUUUUUUUUUGUUUGUUUUUUUGUUUUGUUUUUUGUUUUAUCAACAAUUGGUUUCAUCUAACAAGUUACCACUGACUAGGUUUGUGGAAUUUGAGCAAUUUGUGAGCUAUAAAUGGAUGUCAAUUAGUCCUUUUUUUUGGCUGCACCCUCUGCUGGCCAGGGGUGGAACUGCUUCUAAAUUUGCAUUUAAGGAGACCUUUCUAUGAAUGUGACCCAGAGGAUGAUAAUCUCUGAUAUGCCAUCUGUGCUCUGUAUUUAUAAUACACUUUUGUAUUAUUGGGAACAAAAAUGUUCUUUAUACUUAGGUUUUACUCUAAGGCUCAAAUAUAUUGGCCAAGGACAAAACAACACAGAUCAAACUUUGAAUCAUUCUUGUCCUGUAGAUUUAUAUUGUGGCUUAAAUACAUCCAUGCAGAUUAAUAUCUGGGGCAGUACAGGGUAUAAAGUAAACCUACGUCCCAGCGCCCCCUUGUGUUACUAUCGAUUAUUGCAAUUUUUUAAAUUUGCUUAAAAAAAAGCGAGAAAUACACAAAAUAAAUUGUUUUCGUCACAAUUUGUGUAUACAUUUCUAAAUGACGUAUCGUAUCUUUUAAAGAUAACGUGAAAUACUGAUACAAAAAGAAACGUUUCUGCAUAAAAAAACGUAAAAUUUUAUUCACUGGUUGUAGUUAGUGGAGGCACUGGAAAGAUAAGCAACGACAUGUUACUUAAGACUAGUAUACCGUAAACCAUUUUGACUAUAGAAUAAGUGAGAAUUACUCCUUUCAGCUGAGUCAGCACCUACAAUACCCUUGUGGUGGCAGUUUUUCUUCAUUUUUGUCCGUUUACACGUUCUUAAGUGAAUGACUUUUUGACAUCUUUAAAGCCAGUACUUCAAUGGAAGAACUAAAUACUAGUAUAUCGUAUCCUUACAAUUUAGUGUUUGGGUAGGCCACACGUGGCAGUCUAUCGUAAACCAAGGAACACAUUUUGACACAUAGUCAGAAUGAAUAAAGAAUGUAAUUCUACCAUCUAUCCACAAUAUCUUUGACCUAACACAUAGUCGAUACGCACGUUGAUAUUUGCUCACACUGUGAAAAGUUGUUUUGAUUUCACCGAAGCUGCUUGAGUUUAAAAUGUCAUGUCGAUUCCCAUCAUGUGUUUCCAGAGGCUUCAAUUUCCAGCUUCUACUCACAUUGUGACACUGAAGAUGGAUUGAAGUGUUGAUUUAACACAUUUUUGUAUUAAUAAUCAGAUUAAUCAUUUGAAAGACCUAA